AUGCGGUUCUCCUACGCAGUUCUAGGGUUUAUCUCGACCUUUACUCUGGUUUCUUCGCUGCCAGUCACCGGUUCCACCUCGCAGUCUCCUAAGCAUGUCGAUGCCGAAGCUGAGGGAGCCCUUUAUCCCGGUUCCUGGGUCAAACGCGACAAAUCUGAAGCUGAGAGCGAUGCUGUAGAGGGGGCACUUUACCCUGGCUCUUGGGUCAAACGUGAGAGCCCUAACUCUGAGGGUGAAGCUGAAGGAGAACUUUAUCCUGGUUCCUGGGUCAAGCGUGAUAAUUUUGAAGCCAAGAGCGAUUAUAAGGAGGGAGCACUCUACUAUACCCGAGUGUAG